AUGGAUAAUGUUCUUGCUCAUGAUGCCGCCAAUAAUGCCAGAAGCCCAGAUCUUCUUAUGUCUCCGGAGAUCGAGCUAGAGAUUCAGAACUGGCAAAAGUCUGGAAAUCCUCCUUUCCCUGAGUUACAGCUUAGCACUCGAGCUUAUUGGUAUAAGUUCUCACGCACGGAUCUUCGACUCAUCCACCAUAUUGCGGGUUUGUCCAUCGACCUACACCGAAGAGGCUACAGUAACUGCACUGUAUGGGCCCAGAAGAUGCCCAUCUUCCUUACUAUUGCCUUGUCCAAUGACUUUGUUAUGAGUUCUAUUCUGGCAUUAUCUGCUUCACAUAUUGCUUGGAUGACCCAGAAUCAAGACACUGAAAAUCUUGCCUAUCAUCAUCGAGGUGUUGCUAUCAAGGGCCUUCAAGAGGCAAUUAGCUCAUUCUCACGCGAAAACUCGGAUGCUAUUCUUGCAUCAUCCUUGCUCUUGUCAUGGCAAUCCACUGAAUGGUCAGUCUUGAACUCGAUGGAACCAUGGUGGAAGGAAGAAUCUGAGCUGGCCAGAUUUAUGGAUGGCCAACGAGCUUUUCGAAGUGCUCGAACUCCCUUAACGCCAACCUACCCAGGCAGCAUGGGCCAUUUUCCGAACGAAGAUAUCAUGAGACUGGAUAGAGUUAUUGUCAAUCUACAGAAUAUCCAUCAGCGAAUUUCUCAUAACCAAGAACACUUCCGCAGGAUAACGGACUUACUUGCCUUCACUCAAAGGUUGCGAGAUGAACUACCUGUUCAGUCUCCGGAGAAGGCCUUCGAGAGGCUCCAGCCCCUGCGUAUCUGGCUCUUUUGGCUCCCUUCGGCAAUGUUGCGAGGUGGCGAAACUGAUCUCGGAGCUCUUUCCGUGCUCUCUCAGUUCUUCGGCGUUGCCCUUGCGCUGGAGCCACUCUUCCCAGAGUUUGGCGGUUCAUACCUUGGCUCCAUGGCGGUCAACCCAAUCGAGGAGAUCAGACGCAUUCUAUACCAUAGACGUGCGGCGAACCCAUUUGCACCUGAGAUACAACUCGCUCUCAGCUUGAUGGAUCUUCCAGCAGAAACUGUAGCCGAGUACCGCAGUCGUCUCCAGUGGUCACCAAGAUCAUCCUUCGACGGAUAUCCUACAGGAUCACAUAGCCCAUAUCACCAUGCGCUUCCAACUCCCCAUUUGCCUCACCUUCCAGCUACAUCUGCGGCCAUAGUCAGCCCUACCACCACUGCCUACCCAGCAUAUACCACCUCACCUCUUCACUCGCCCAUGACUCCAGCCAUCGUCGGUUCACCAUACCAGAUGUCCAAUGCAAUGCUUCACUCAAGACGCCACUCUCAAGUAUAUCCAUCACCCACGCUUCACCACGAUCCGGUAGAGGAUCGUAUUCCCGAAUAUAAACAACCAGAACAGCCUGCGAUGUUCAAUCCAGCUUAUCUCGGAAAUCUUAUCAACGGGGGCCCGACAAUCGGGACGGAAUACCAUGAUUCUCCCCCAGUUACUGUGACAGGAGGGUUGGUCGCUCCGGAACUCUGCUGGACUUGA